AUCUGGAUGGUCUCCAUGGUUCAGCCAGAAAACAGGAACGCUCGGGCCUGCAGCAGCAUGAAGAUCAUUCUACAAACCCUCGCUCAGUCGUGCAUGCUGGUCAUCCUCACCUCACAUGCCAGAUGUGAGCAGCCACUGAACUGUAAAUGGGGUUCAUAUGGAGCCUGGUCCGAGUGUGACGGCUGCACCAGAACACAGGUUCGAACCCGCUCAGUAGAGGUUUUCCCUCAGUUUGGGGGGAGUGUCUGCCAGGGAGAGAAUACUCAGAGACAGACGUGUGUUCCGACUAAGAGCUGUCCCUUACAAACUGGAUGUGGAAACAGGUUUCGCUGCUCCUCUGGUCAGUGCCUUAGUCCGUCUCUGGUGUGUAAUGGUGAUCAGGACUGUGAGGAGGACGGUUUAGAUGAAAGACAAUGUUCCGGAUCCAGCACCCUCGUCUGUAACCUGGACAAGACCCCACCUAAUUCUGACCUCACCGGGAAAGGGUUUGAUGUGUUGACAGGGACGCUGAAAGCCGGUGUCAUUAACACUCGUAGUUUUGGGGGUCAGUGCAGGAAAGUGUUCAGCGGUGAUCACCGAGACUUUUAUCGCCUCCCACAGAGCAUCCUCAGAUACAGCUUCCAGGUUGCUGUUGAGAACGACUUCAGCGAUGAGUUCUACAACAGUUCCUGGUCCUACAUAACUCAUGAAGAACAAAGAUACUCCAUCCAAGGGGGUCAUGAUCACAAAACCUUCCACAAUGAACUUAAGAGAGACAAGGCCUACCAGCUAUUGAUAAUUAAGAAUGACGUGGAGGUAGCUCAGUUCCAGAACAGCGCCCCUGAAUACCUGCCGCUCUCCGAGGAGUUCUGGAAAGCUCUGGCGUCCCUGCCGAACACGUACGACCCCGCGGCGUACCGCACGCUCCUGCAGCUCUAUGGAACUCACUACAUGGCGGAGGGCUCGCUGGGUGGCCAGUACCAGACCCUGCUGGAGUUUGACUCACAGUUCAUGAGCACCAUGAGUCAAACAGACACCGAUUUCCACAAGUGUGUGACCCGAGUGAAGCGACGCCUCUUCAGGAAGAAGAGAACGACCAAGUGUGAGAAGCUGAUCCAGUCCAUCAGGAGCUCCAGCGAGCAGAGCAGCCAGACGAUGCCGGUGAAGACGAACGUGAUCGGAGGUCACGCUGCAUACAUGGCAGCUCUGGGACUCCUGGACCUGGAGAACCCGGAUCACAACCAGGCCGCGUACUCCAAGUGGGCCGGCUCGGUGAAGGACUAUCCUCAAAUAAUCAAACAGAAGUUGAGGCCGAUCUACGAGCUGGUGAAGGAGGUACCGUGUGCACAGCUGAAGAAGUUCCACCUGAAGAGGGCGCUGGAGUCGUAUCUGGAGGACCAGAGCCCAUGCCACUGUAGGCCGUGCCACAACAACGGCCGGCCCGUGCUGAGCGACGGAGUGUGUACCUGUACCUGCCGACCCGACACCAGUGGUACCGCCUGCCAGAGCGGCCACGUCCUCGGAGAACAGCCAGGAGUGGUCCAUGGGGGCUGGAGCUGCUGGUCAUCCUGGGGAAGUUGUUCUCAGGGUCGGAAAUCGAGAACCCGCUCGUGUAAUAAUCCCCAACCAAGAAACGGGGGCCGACACUGUCUGGGCCCUUUAAUAGAACACAAGACCUGUGAGGACGCAGAUCUGGAACAUUUAAGAUUAAUGGAGCCGCACUGCUUCGAUCCCUCUGUGACUCCGGCGAGAACAUGCAAAGCUCCACCGGCCCUGCAAAAUGGAUUCGUUUUGAAUCCCAGAGACGUUUACCCGGUUGGCAGCAGGAUCGAAUUCUCCUGUAUCGAAGGAUUUUAUCAUGUUGGAGAUUCGACUGCUGAAUGUACCGAGAGUCUGAACUGGAGACGUGAAAGAGUCGAGUGCAAAAAGGCUGCAUGUGAUCCUCCAGCGCUCCUGAAUCCCGUCAUCCUCUCCCCCCUGAAGCAAACCUACUCCAUAGGAGAGCGCGCGACCCUGUCCUGCCCCAGUGGUACCCGGUACGAGGGACCUCCGGAAAUCAUGUGCCGCGCCGGCCUCAGCUGGUCUCCGUCACCCGACAGUUUUAAAUGCGACCCAGUGGUCCAGGCUCAGCCAGGUCUGGUGUGUAAACCCUGGGAGAAACCAGUGAAGGACCAGUGUGUUUGUAAAAUGCCAUACGAGUGCAGGUCCUCUAUGGAAGUCUGUGCCUCUGUACGUCCUGGCCAGGUAAACAGAAUGGGCAUCUGCCAGCUCGGUGCCCUGCAGUGUCUGGGACGUAAGGUCACUGUGCUGCAGGAUGGAGCGUGCCAAUGGCCAGAGAUCAAAUUCACAUCCUGUCAGAGCUGCAAACCGUGGGAGGAAUGUAACGGUACAGGGUGUCAGUGUAAAGAUCCAGACGAAUGUCCAGACGAUGCAGCAGAGCUCUGUGUGUCUGUAGAGAACGGAGGUCCUGAACCCAUGACAGAAUGUGAAGCAGGAGCUUGGAGAUGUUCGGGGAGGAACAUCAGGGUACUCGGCGUCGGGACGUGUCCCACAUGAACAGUUUUAAAUGUAAAGCAAACAUAUUAAAUGUACACUAUAUGGACACAAGUAUUGGGACACAGCUCUGGAAUGAAUUGGAACAUCAACUGAGGCUUCCAUGUCCGACAUACAAAUGAUGCCAUCUUUUGGCUGAGUGGGCACAAAUUCUCACUUGACAUACAAAGUCUUGUUUUUGGAACGGGACAUCCAACAAGCUCAUUGUCAUGUGUCCAAAUACUUUUGAUCAUAGUGUACAUGUGACUUUUAUUUUAGUGAUUUUUAAAUGUGUAUUGCUCUUUUAUCUGCUGUAAAUAAACCUUUUUUAUUUUGUA